CUGGGAAAUCCGACCUGUGGCAUGGACGAGUUAUUAGCGGGCAUGGAGCAGCACCACCUACUGCCGUGCGAUGUGGACGUGGGGGGUGCUGCUACUCCCUCGUCCGCUACCCCUCUCAACAUCCUCCUUCACCCCUCUGACCCUCCCCACAGCUGGGCAACCCUAAUUCUGGGCAAUCCGACCUGUCGAAUGGACGAGCUAUUAGCGGGCAUGGAGCAGCACCACCUGCUGCCCCAUUGUCCCCUCGUCACCAGGCUCUCAAAACCCUGCUUCACCUCACCCAACCCCUCCCCACAGCUGGGCAAUCCGAGCUAUCGCAUGGACCGAGCUAUUGGCGGGCAUGGAGCAGCACCACCUGCUGCCGGUGUGACAUGGAGCUGGGCAACCCUAAUUGUCGAAUGGACGAGCUAUUGGCGGGCAUGGAGCAGCAUCACCUGCUGCCGGUGCGACAUGGAGGUGGGGGGAUGUGGGCACCCCAACGCCAUUCAGCACGUGCUGCGCCGCGCUCCACCCAUCUUCACCACUGGUGGGUUCAAAGGGCUUUCAUGCACUGGUGAGGGGGUGUGUGGGGGGAUGCACGGGGGGGUGCACGGGGGGAUGCACGGGGGGGUGCACGGGGGGAUGCACGGGGGGGUGCACGGGGGGAUGCACGGGGGGAUGCACGGGGGGGUGCACGGGGGGAUGCACGGGGGGGUGCACGGGGGGGGUCCACGGGGGGGAUGCACGGGGGGGUGCAGACGGGGGGGGUCCACGGGGGGGUGCACGCGGGGGUGCACGCGGGGGUGCACGGGGGGGUGCAUGGGGGGGUGCACGGGCGGGUGCACGGGGGGGUGCAUGGGGCGGUGCACGGGGGGGUGCAUGGGGGGGUGCACGGGGGGGGUGCACGGGGGGGGUGCACGGGGGGGUGCAUGGGGGGAUGCGGACCCCCCAACGCCAUUCAUCAUGUUCUGCGCCGUGCUCCACCCAUCUUCACCACUGUCCUGGGGUGGGCAGAGCGACAGGGAGGAAGCAGAGGACAUAGGCCUCACACUGGCAGCGCUGGACAUGCACAUGGACGUGGGCGUGGUGUAUCGGGUCUUGGGAUGGCAGAGCGACAGGGAGGAGGCAGAGGACAUAGGCCUGAACUCUGGCAGCACUGGACGUGCAGAUGGACGUGGGCGUGUCCUGGGAUGGCAGAGCGACAGGGAGGAGGCAGAGGACAUAGGCCUCACACUGGCAGCGCUGGACGUGCACAUGGAUGUGGGCGUGGUGUAUCGGGGCCUGCGGGGGCCGCAGAGGGUGCGGGUGGUGUGUGUGGUGUGCUACUACGGGCGGCACUACCACUGCUUCUCGUUCCAUGCGGACCUGGGCAAGUGGGUCAUGUUCGACGAUACCACUGUCAAGGUGGUUGGGGGCUGGGCAGACGUGGUCAGCUCAUGCACCAGAGGCCGCCUGCAGCCGCAAGUGCUCUUUUAUGAGGCAUGCUAG